AUGAAUAUUAUAAAGUAUUAUCGAAAGACAUCUUUAAGACCUGCUUUUAAUUUUUUCUGGAGAAAAGAAGCAAAUUAAUCAAAGACUGGAAAAAACGACGAGAAGAAUUAAAAUUAAACGGGUGGUAUAAUAAUUAAUUAUUAAAAGAAUGGAGAGGAAAAGAGGAAUAUUUGUCUGAUCUAAGGAAAAAGAGAGAAGAAUAUGAAAAAAUGAAAAUAAAAAAUGAAAAAGAAAUCCAUACAUAAACUAUAAGGUAAGCAAGAGAACACGAAGUUAAUUAUGGAAAAAUAGAUUUUGCGAAAGUUUUUAUUGAUAAUAUAAAUAUCUAAUACUCUAGUGAAUUUAAGCAUCCAGAAGAAAUGUUUAAUUUUUUAGGAACGCUUAAAGUACAAUUAACUGAACAGAAUUUAAUGUCUUGUGUUAAUGCAUUUAUUCAAUUUGCAGAUAAAAUUACAGAAGAUGAUUUAAUAAGAUAUGAGUUUUAAGAAUUUUAAGCUAUCUUGACUAAAUAAAUAAGAAUAAUUAGCAAUGUUGAUAAUUUAGUAAAAAUCACAAAAUUGCUUGAUAUUUUAUGUUUGCCAUCAGAUCAUGAAAUUUGGGGUCAACUAGAAAUAUCAAUAUUAAAUAGGAUGUCUAAAUUGACUUUAUAAUAGCUUUUAGAAAUCUUAACUCAUCUGAGUAAUUAAAAAGAGGGUUCAGAUUAAUUUUGGGAUUAAUGCGAAAAUUAAAUAAAGGAUGAAAUUCAUAAAUUAAAAGACAUCAACUAACAAUAUCAAACUGUUAUUUAAACAUUGAUGUGUUAUUGGAGAGUUUAAAGAGGGUAAGAUAUCAAUAUGAAUAUAUAGAACUAAAUUCUUUAUACGCGGUUUAAUAGAGAUCAUGCUAUAAAAUUCAUAAGAUUAAACAAUUUAUAAAGAUUUACCAUUAAAUUCGAUAAUUUAAGGAGUUCUUGUUAUGGGAUAACUCUGUGAGAAAUAGGAUACAGCUGAUAUUGUUAAAAGUUAACCAUUUAAAAAUUAUUUUAAUGAUGUUGAAUAAUUUCUUAUGAAAUAAUUUGAUUCUUUGAAUUUUGAAUAAAUUUGUUUAGUAAGUUAAGGAUUUGGAUUUGAAUUUGGUAGUGAAAAAUUUAUGUAAAAAUUGGAAAGUAAAAUUUUUGAAAAUUUUGAUAAAUAUGAAUUAUAGGAGUUAAAAUUAAUAAUUAAAAGCUUUUUGCUUUCAUAUAGAGGCUCAAAGUAAUUUAUAGUAUAUAUAUCUAGGAAACUAUUUAAAAUUAUGAUGAACAAAAUUUCCUCUUUAAAACAUGAAUUCACAUCAAUAGAAAUAGCAGAAAUUGUAAAAUCCUAUUAUAUAACAGAAAAUGAUAACCAAGAAUUUUAUGCUGAUAUUGAAAGAAAAAGUAUUUUUGAUAUUUAAUCAGUUUUAUAGAGAUUAAAGGAAGUUAGAGAAAUAACACCUUAAGAAAUUUAUGAAAUUGCUUAUAGUUAUUUGAUUACUAGAAUCGGAUCAAGAGAGUUUUAUAAAUUGUUAGAAAUUGUAUUAGAUCAAAUAUAAAUAUAGGUAAUAACUUUUAGAUUUGAUGAUUUGAGAUAGAAUGCUAUUUUGAUGAGUAAAUUACAUGAUCUAUACUUAAAAAGUGCACUUUGUGAUACAAAACUAAUAGAAAGGAUGGCAUCUGUUUUGUGAUUAU